AUUCCUCUCUUCUCCAACUAAUAACUCUUCUAAAAUUUCUACCGAGUCAAAACUCACCAGACUCACUGAGUCAAAAAUUAAAUUAAUGGGGAAUUGCACCUCCUCCGAUUCAACUCGUGUUGCAACAGCCAAACUCGUUUUACAAGACGGAAGGUUACAAGAGUUUUCGUAUCCUGUUAAAGUUUCUUACCUAUUGCUAGAACAUCCUUCGUGCUUUAUUUGUAACUCCGACGAAAUGGAUUUCGACGACGUCGUUACCGCCGUCGACGAACACCAAGUGUUGCAACCAGGGCAGCUUUAUUUUGCUCUUCCGUUGAGUUGGUUGAGGCAACCGUUACAGCCUCAAGAAAUGGCUGCAUUGGCCGUUAAAGCUAGUUCCGCUCUUAUGAAAAGCUCCGCCGCCAAUAAAUGUGGUUCCCGCCGGAAACAGAUUCUGUUCUCCGGUGAGUUUGACUCUAAACGUGUUGCUCCGGCUAACGUAGCUUCCGGUGGUACUGUACAUAGAUCGAGAAGAGGAAGAACCACCGCCGCCGGCGGUGGUGCUGGUUUAGGGAAGUUUGCAGCAUUAUUGAGUUCGAUACCUGAGUAGGGGUAGUUUCGGAAGAGAAAAUUCGACGGUGAUUUUAUAUCAUUGUAGAUAUUAGUAAUUUAGAAAAAAAAAUAUUAAUUUUUUUGAUGAGGAGGUGUUUUAGCCUUUAGGGAACAAGGAAGAGAUUAAUUAGAUUCUUUGAAUAGUUUUUGGUCUAAUUACUCUCAGGACUUAGUUAAACCAAAUUCCUAUCUGAAUAUUGUGUUAUCUUGUCUCCUUUUUUAUUCUUGAUAGUAAUAUUGCAUUAUCUUCAAUCUUA